AUGGACUUCAACACUUCAACAAGUGUUCCCCUGCUGCUGCUGCUGCUGCUUCUGGGCUUCUCUAAAGCUCACGAUGACAAUGACCAAGGUGCUGUUCAUGACCUAUCAAUGGAUCAGUCUGCAAAGGAAGACUUCACUGCAACUAUUCUGAGGAUGAACAAUGGCUCCAGUGAUUUUCUGCUGGAAGGCGACGUGAUGAUUCCAAACACCAGGAACGCCAUGAAGUGCAUUAAUGAACCAUACUCCUGCCUGUGGCCAAAGUCUGCAAACGGAUAUGUGGAGAUCCCUUUCAUUCUGAGUGAAAAAUACGACUACUCGGAGAAGACGCUGAUUUUAGCUGCCAUGAGGGGCUUUCAAUCAAAAACCUGCGUUCGCUUCAUCCCACGUGCGACUCAGAGAGCGUACUUAAGUAUUGAACCGAGAUACGGAUGCUCCUCUUUGCUGGGUUACACCGGAGACAAGCAGGUGCUGUCACUGCAGAGAUACGGCUGCAUAAACAACGGCAUCAUCCAGCACGAGAUGCUGCACGCGCUGGGUUUCUACCACGAACACACCCGCAGUGACCGCGACCAGUACAUCAGGAUCAACUGGGAAAACAUAAAUAAAUAUUUUGUCUACAACUUCCGUAAAAUGGACACGGAUAAUCUCAACACUCCGUAUGACUAUUCCUCUGUGAUGCACUACGGAAGAACUGCCUUUGGGACGCAGCGCCAAGAAACUAUAACUCCAACCUACGACCCGUCUGCUACCAUCGGGCAGAGGGAGGGUUUGUCCAACAUCGACAUUUUCAGGAUCAACAAGCUCUACAGGUGCUGGGGCUUCAGUGGAUAGAGGAUGACGUCAUUAUAUUUCCAUUCUGACACCUGUCACGGUCAUGCGACAGAACAAUAAUUAAAAGUUGACAUCUGAUGAA